AUGGCUCCCGCAAUCAAUAAGUCGGAGGCCAAAGCCAAGGAGCCUGCGUCGGCCAAGGCCAAGGCCAAGCUGAAGAUCAAGCUCAAUGUCAAGGCCCCCACCAAGGGCGAGACCCGAGUCUCGGAGGAGACCGACGUGAAGGUCCCUAAGACCAGUGACGAGGAGUUUCUCUUGACUCUUCUCAACCCCCUGAAGGUCGACUACCAGGCUGCAGCCGACACUCUCGGCAUCAACACGCCAGCGUGCCGCAUGCGAUUCAUUCGCUUGCAGCAGAAGUACGGGUUCAAGAAGAAGGGCGCCAAGGGCACUCCCCGUAAGAAGACUGCGACCGAGAAGAAGACAGCUCCUGCCAACGAGUCCGAUGGCACCGCGGAGGAGACCACUGUCGAGGAGGCCACUGAGAACUGA